AUGCCUCCGACUGAGGUGCCGUGCUCCAAGAUCGUGGGGCUGGCGAAAGCAAUGAGGGCCGACGGCCUGACGGCCUUGGGUGCCGGCUUCAUCCAUGAGCUAUCAAAGGUUUCAGAGAAAGAUGCCGAAACACAGGCACACAAGCUUCUAGACAAGCACAAGCUCAGUCUGCCCAUUCCGCUCAAGCAGGUUCAUGGGGAUGCAGCAAUUGCAGGUUUUCCGAGAUUGAAGCCUUUAGAUAUCUUCCAAUACAUGGCCGAUACCGGUCAUGUGAACAAGCUGCUGGGUGGAAGGACUGUGCAGUCCAGUCAGCUGUUUCUAUUGGAUUUUUGGGAGAACUACAAAGCCACCCAUCCGGAUUUCGAGCUCUUUUCUUCAGACCGUUACAGCGACAUUCCUUUGGAAGACUGCAUACCGAUCAUUGCACACAUAGAUGGAGGCAGAGGCUAUAAGAAGAGUGAGUUCAUGAUUUUUGAUUGGGGGGCUGUCAUAGGCUCAGGCUCGGGGAAAAAGAACAAGAAGGACCCAGCUGUUCGAGCUUUGAAAGCCCGUGGCAACAAGAUGCAGUUGCCUUUGCUAGGCCACUCCUACACUACGCAUUACCUUUAUGCUGCGAUGCCAUCGGCCUGGCACAAGAAUCAUGAGGAUUCAUUUCAGGCAUUGCUUCGGACUUUCGCCGAGGACCUCAAGGAGUGCUUUGACGAGGGGGUUUCCUUCAAAGGCCGGGUUCUACGGCUAGUCUUACUUGGGCUCAAGGGUGAUAUGAAAAUGCAAGCACGUGCCGGUCGCCUAACCCGAUGGUUUACAACAGCGCGCAAGGCUCCAUACUCGGAAACAGCGAAAGGUACUGGCCAAUGCUGCUGGUUGUGCUCAGCUGGGGAUGUCAGUACCCCGUUCGAAGAAGUGAACACGGACAAACCCGCUUGGCUUGUGAGGAUGCCUACAUUUACAGAACCUCCAUGGACACCUGGGCUCGAAGGAGGCAUGCUGAGCCCCUCCUUGUCCUACGUGGACCGGCCUGCGAAAUUUUACAUGGCUGAUUUGUUCCACGUGUAUUUGUCCGGAGUGGGCCAAGACUUUUGUUCAUCUUGCCUGGUCUACAUGCUGCCAAGUUGUUUCCCGGGCUCUGACGGUAAUUCCGUGGAUGCACAAAUCGAGAAGUUGAAUGUUGUCUUCAAGGAGUGGAAAUUGAAAUUCCGGGAGCCGGUGCAUCUGACAGCUUUCACGAGGGACAAAUUGCAGUUCCAUGAUGCUACUUCCGCAUUCCCUGCUGGCACUUGGUCAAAGGCCGCCGACACUGCACGGAUAACAAAGUUCAUUGUGUAUGUCUGUGAGCUACACAAAGACAGUGGUGACAAGAUCAUGCUAUACAUCCAUCGAGCAGCUUGUGCAAUCAGCCGCUUCAUGAAGGCUUUGUACGAUGAACCAGCAGCAACGGCGGCGAUUGUGGCAGAUGGCAUGCUGUUUCUCAAGUGCUAUUCCAAGCUUGCAGGACGGCGCUUCUUAGCAGACGUGUUGCUUCUUCGACUGGACAGAG